GGUUUGAGAGACGGGCGGGCGAGCUGGUGACAGGUCACUCCUGCUUCGCAAGGUUGCUGGAUGAGUCAGGAUUGGGGAGACGGAGAAAGCACAGUUCUUCAGGACCUGCGCUGGGACCCAGGGUUUCGAGGGAAAACAGCAUCCCCUAAGGGACAGAGGUCUCCCAUGCCACUGCACGUUCUGUGUGACAUCACCAGCCCCCUUGCUGCUGCCACUGCUGGAAGUUCUGAGCUCUGUGCUGGGGGCACCAGGCACUGACACUUGGCUCUUGUUGGGAGAACAGAGAGUCUCUCUUGUCCACGGCCUGUGCUCGGCUCCAACUGCUGCAUCUCCCGGAAGCCUCUGUCCAGCCUGCAUAGGGUGAGAGCUGCUAAGGCUGUCUCCGAAGUUGAAGGUGGGAAAGAGGGCAGCCCGGCCUGGGGGCCAAGAUCUGUCGCUCUUGGUCUUCCCAGUACCUCCAGAGCCUGCCUCAUCACAGCUACAGAAUGGCCUCCAGCCCAGCUGGAGUUCCUAGCCCACAGCCCUCUAGGGCCAAUGGGAACAUCAACCUGGGACCAUCCGCUAACCCCAAUGCCCGACCCACAGAUUUCGACUUCCUCAAAGUCAUUGGCAAAGGGAACUAUGGGAAGGUCCUACUGGCCAAACGCAAGUCUGACGGAGCCUUCUACGCAGUGAAGGUGCUACAGAAGAAGUCCAUAUUGAAGAGCAAAGAGCAGAACCACAUCAUGGCAGAGCGCAAUGUGCUACUGAAGAACGUGCGCCACCCCUUCCUCGUGGGCCUGCGCUACUCCUUCCAGACCCCAGAGAAGCUCUACUUCGUGCUUGACUAUGUCAACGGAGGAGAGCUCUUCUUCCACCUGCAGCGGGAACGCAGGUUCCUGGAGCCCCGGGCCCGGUUCUACGCUGCAGAGGUGGCCAGCGCCAUUGGCUACCUACACUCCCUCAACAUCAUUUACAGAGACUUGAAGCCAGAAAACAUUCUCUUGGACUGCCAGGGACACGUGGUCCUGACAGAUUUUGGCCUCUGCAAGGAAUGUGUGGAGCCCGAGGAGACCACAUCCACUUUCUGUGGCACUCCCGAGUACCUGGCCCCCGAAGUGCUUCGUCAAGAGCCUUACGAUCGAGCAGUGGACUGGUGGUGCUUAGGGGCGGUCCUCUAUGAGAUGCUUCAUGGCCUGCCCCCCUUCUUCAACAAAGAUGUGGCCCAGAUGUAUGAGAAUAUUUUGCACCAGCCACUACAGAUCCCUGGAGGCCGGACAGUGGCUGCCUGUGACCUCCUGCAAGGCCUUCUCCACAAGGACAAGAAGCAGCGGUUGGGCUCCAAGGAAGACUUUCUCGACAUAAAGAACCAUGUGUUCUUCAGUCCCAUAAAUUGGGAUGACCUGUACCACAAGAGGCUAACUCCACCCUUCAACCCAAACGUGGAAGGACCUGCUGACUUGAAACACUUUGACCCGGAGUUCACCCAGGAAGCUGUGUCCAAGUCUAUUGGCUGCACCCCUGACACCAUGGCCAGCAGUUCUGGGGCCUCGAGCGCAUUCCUGGGAUUUUCCUAUGCGCAGGAUGAUACCAUCUUGGACUCAUAAGCGACAAGCGCUUGCAAAUCCGCCAAGACCAGCUGGCACCUGCAGGGGCCACCUUCGGCUGCCAGCAAGACACAAUGAGUUCGAUGACUCAAGGAAGAGGGAAGUGCUUUCUGUCACAUGAAAAAGAGUGCAGGCCACCGAGUAUCUGCUCAGGCCGGCAGGAUAGGCCACCGAGUCCCUGCUCAGGCCAGCAGGACAGGCCACCGAGUAUCUGCUCAGGCCGGCAGGACAGGCCACCGAGUAUCUGCUCAGGCCGGCAGGACAGGCCACCGAGUCCCUGCUCAGGCCAUCAGGACAGGCCACCGAGUCCCGGCUCAGGCCAUCAGGACAGGCCACCGAGUCCCUGCUCAGGCCAUCAGGACAGGCCACCGAGUCCUGGCUCAGGCUGGCAGGACAGGUCACCGAGUACCAAGCCGUCUGUCAUUCUGAUUUGCUCUUCUUGAGAAAUGACUCCUGCGUUUGGUGGCUGUUGUUGUUGUUGCUGCUGUGACAAAAUAUCCAAGAAAGGUAACGGAAAGAGGAUCUCCUCGGGCUCACCACUUCACAGGUUUCCGUCCACAGCUGGCUGUGGCCUUUAGGCAAAGCUGAGUCACCUCGGUGAAAGGAGUGGCGUGGAAAAGCUGCUCACUUUCUUCCUACCAGGAAGCAGAAAUAGAAGCCUGGGCUGGAAAUAAGAUUUACCCUCGGAGUUACGUCCCAAGUGGCCGACACCCUCCAAGCGGAGCUCACGUUUUAGUUACCUCUCCACCACCUCUCCGUGCCAUACGAAUCUAUGAAUGGACUAAAUCACCGAUGAAGCCUGGGCCCCCGUGACCCAAUCUUAAACUAAAACCCCAUCAGCUGGACAGGGGAACCUUUAGAUCCAAAGUAAAAUAGCUUUGAAUAUUGGGGUUACAUGAUCACAACAUGGUUGCUGAUACCAUAGCCACCUUUGUGUUCUAAGCAAGAGAAAAGAGGGAUGGGACAGGAGUGGGUUACAAAAGGACACCAUUAAAGAGUUUCCCAGAAGCCGUUCAGUGACUUCU